AUGAGUUCUGAUGCUGUUCCCUGGAUAUCCAGAGACAGCACAAUUCGAGGUGUCGGAAUCGUGUUAUCGAUGUUUUUCAUUUGUCUAUUUUUCCUCUAUCUCUGCGUUGAAGGAAUGUCCAAAAAACGACGGUCAACCCCGAAGCCGCCAGUGUUCGAUUCAGAUGACGAGAACAUGGAAAUCCUGAGAAGAACUUCUGAAUUGCCUGAUUUGACACCCCCACCUGCUUAUGAAGUGCUCAAAGAGCCGCCACCACCUUCUUAUAAUUCUGUUCUGGGAAAUAUUGGUAGAAAUGAAAUUUAA